ACCUUUCGCAACAACAUCCAUUGCUUUCGCACACCACUCGUUUUCGCCUAUAGACCCUCCUUGCACUCUGCGCAGAGCCUCAAUUCGAGUGUCUGAGUUCUUUAUAGGCUUCACGAUGUUAGCCUGUCGCUCUCUCAGCGCCCCUGCGCGGCAAUGCCUGCGCCGGGCGAACGCAACCUCCAGCUGGGCUCCCGCGCUUGUGCAGUCCCAGUCGCGAUCAUACGCCCGGCCCGCCGAAGACAAAGUCGCCAAGUUUAAGGGCACGAAAGGCAACGAUGGCAAAUACACUGUCACCCUCAUCGAAGGCGACGGCAUCGGGCCGGAAAUCGCGCAAUCUGUGAAGGACAUUUACUCGGCUGCCAAUGUGCCAAUCAAGUGGGAAUCGGUGGACGUGACCCCGCGGCUGAAGGACGGCAAGACGGUCAUCCCAGACGAAGCCAUUGACAGCGUCACCAAGAACUACGUCGCCUUGAAGGGCCCGCUCGCUACUCCUGUCGGCAAGGGUCACGUCUCCCUCAACCUCACUCUCCGCCGCACAUUCAAUCUCUUCGCCAACGUCCGGCCCUGCAAGUCCAUUGUGGGCUACAAGACCCCAUAUGACGGCGUCGACACCGUUUUGAUCCGUGAAAACACCGAAGGAGAGUACUCUGGCAUCGAGCACGUCGUAGUCGAUGGCGUCGUCCAGAGCAUCAAGCUCAUCACCCGCGAGGCCUCGGAACGUGUCCUGCGAUUCGCCUUCCAAUAUGCCGAGGAGGUGGGAAGGAAAAAGGUCCGUGCUGUGCACAAGGCUACCAUCAUGAAGAUGUCUGAUGGUCUAUUCCUGAGCACUGCGCGCAAUGUCGCCAAGGACUUCCCCAACAUCGAGUUCGAUGCUGAGUUGCUCGACAACACCUGCUUGAAGAUGGUCACGGAUCCUACGCCAUACAACGACAAAGUCUUGGUUAUGCCCAACCUUUAUGGAGAUAUUCUGUCGGAUAUGUGCGCUGGUCUGAUCGGCGGUCUUGGCCUUACUCCCUCCGGAAACAUUGGUGAUGAGUGCUCCAUUUUCGAGGCUGUCCAUGGUUCUGCGCCAGAUAUUGCCGGGAAGCAGCUCGCCAACCCAACUGCAUUGCUUCUUAGCUCCAUGAUGAUGUUGCAGCACAUGGGGCUGAACGAGUACGCUGAUAACAUCCAAUCCGCCAUCUUCAAGACUAUUGCGGAAGGAAAGACAAUCACUGGCGAUCUCGGCGGAAAGUCAAAGACUUAUGAGUUUGCAGAUGCGGUUAUCAAGGCAUUGAAGAAAUAGAAUUUUUUUUAAAUUUUUUUUUUUUAGGUUUUUGAUUUGACAAAUGUUGCAAUGACGAAACGGCAGCGAUGCAUUUUGUCUUUAUGUACCAGUCUGUACUUGUACUAUACAUCUGCC